AUGAAUCCCGACCUCUCGAUGCUAGCGGCUCUGCGCCCGCACGUGUCGCGGCUGGGACGGGCCGAUGAUUCGAAGCAACGUCCAGGCGUUCAAGCUUCGGACUCCGCCGGGCACGCGCCCGUGCGCGGCAUACGGCCGACCUACCUGAAGGCUUUGGCGGCCUCCUGCGCCACCCUGCCCACCUUGAGCCGGUGCCGGCGGUCAGCCCACCGCCCCCGGCGCAGCCUCCGCAUGGCGCGCCGGGCUCAAAACUCGGGCGUGCUGCCUGAGCCCGAACUGCCCAGGCCCUCAGAGACCGCCCUAGUCUGGUUUCGCAGUGGAGAUCUGCGAGUGGAGGAUCACCCCGGGCUUGCGAGGGCCGCCACAGCUCCGAAAGGGGUGCUGUGUUGCUACAUCUUCGAAGCCAAAGAGAUUGCACGGCUUUCUGCAAGGCGGAUGAAGUUGCUGCGCGCAGCUGUGGAGGACCUUCGACAGCAGCUGAAAUCUCGAUACGGCCUUCUGCUCCACGUGUGUGCCGCGCGCAGUGGCCCCGAAAAGGUGUAUGAGCUUUCGAAAGAUGUGAAUGCAAGCGACGUCUACGUCCACGAGGAUCCCGUAGAUCUUCAUAUGGAAAGUUUGCAGGAGCUGCAGUCUCUGAGUCGCGGAAACCAGGGACAGCUUCGAGUGCAUCCCUGGCACGCCCCACUGCGUCUGGGUGCUGGCUCACUGUCUUCCGAGUGCCGAUGCUACGACGAGUAUGCGAGCGCCAGGGAGACUUCACCCACGGAGCCGUGGCAAGCGCCUGCUGAGCUGGAGGCGCCAGCCCUUGAGCAUUCGCAGCCUUCCUGGCUGCUUGAAGGCCUUCCAGACGAUGCAAGUCUCCGGGAAGUCUUGAGGUCAGACGAAAGGAUGCAGAAUCAGGCGGCUCUACGCGAGUCCGUCAGUUACGUCCUGGGCCUGGGUGGCGAGAGCGCCAGUGAGGCGGAAGCCCUCCGGCUGCUGUCGCUCUUCACGGCGCAAGGCGCCGAGGCCCUGGCGCAGGACGCCUUCGGUGCGGCGAGGGACCGCGAGGAGGUCGCCAAAUCCAAGGAGGAGUGGGCCUUCCGCCGCGUGGCGGGUGGGCCGGAUGGCUACAGGGGCCUGAUACCCGGAGAGGUUUUCAGCCGCGUUUUGAGCGAGAUGAUGUUGUGGCUCGGGUGCAUUUCACUCCGCACUGCCGCGGCAGCGCUUCGCGCGGGCGCUGCUGAAGAGGAUUGCCGCGAAGCAUUAGAGGCCCUGGAAGCCAACGAGUGGCACCGGCUUCUGGCACUGGCCGAUCUCUCGGACGGCAAGCUCUUCGAGCAUAGCGAUGUCAGAUUCUUCCGCUGGCGCGGCUACCUGUGCAGGUACAUUGCCCCCAGCUGCUUGCCAGCUGCCGACUCCGCACCCCCGGUACUCGCCAUCCACGGCUUCGCGGCCUCGUGCACACAGUUUGCACCGCUGGCAGCGGCUCUCGCCGAAGGCGACACGGAGCGCCCGAUUCCACUCUACGCGCUGGACAUGAUAGGCUUUGGACACGCCGAGAAGCCUCCGCUGUCCAUCACGCAGUAUGUCUGGGAGCAGUGCGUGAAGGACUUCCUUCUCUCUGUUGUGGCAGCGCCAGCGGUCCUCAUGGGCAAUUCCAUUGGAGGUUACAUGGCCCAGUCCGCGGCCGCAUUCUUGGGUCCGAGUGUGUGCCGCGGGCUCAUCCUUCUCAACUCGGCAGGCCCCUUGCUUUCGAUGGAGGACUACCAGACACUGCUGCGCAGCAGUGGCGGCACUGUGCUGGAGCGCAUGCGCGAAG